GUUGUUGCAUUUGAGAGUCUAGGCGAAGUGUUUGCGCUGAGAGACAUAAAGCUAAAUAAUAUACACUAAAUAAUUAAAACUAAAUUGUGAAAAUUGAAUUGCUAUAUAUAGAGGCGGCAAGCCGGGUUUUCAGACAUUUUAUCCCUAAACGAAAACAAUUAUAUUCAAAAUUUUCGCUUAAGACUAUUCCCCGUACCAGUCGACCUAGUUUUUUAAAAGCAGCCCCUGGCCCGCAUCUUCUGCUGCCCUGUUCUCGCAAAAACUAAUUGUUGUGUAUUUUGUGUGUGUGUGUGUGCGUGUCCGUGUGUGUGGCACAAUGUUUAGCUUUCUGAAGCGCGAGAAGAACACCCAGGAGGUCGUGGAAAAUGUGAUCGGUGAGCUGAAGAAAAUCUAUCGCAGCAAGCUGUUGCCCCUGGAGGAGCACUAUCAGUUCCACGACUUCCAUUCGCCCAAAUUGGAGGAUCCCGAUUUCGAUGCCAAGCCCAUGAUCCUGCUGGUGGGUCAAUAUUCCACAGGCAAGACAACAUUUAUCCGUUACCUGUUGGAGCGGGACUUCCCGGGCAUACGCAUCGGCCCUGAGCCAACGACAGAUCGUUUUAUUGCCGUAAUGUAUGAUGACAAGGAGGGGGUUAUACCCGGCAACGCUUUGGUGGUCGAUCCCAAGAAACAGUUCCGCCCACUCUCUAAAUAUGGCAACGCCUUCCUCAAUCGGUUCCAAUGCUCCAGCGUGGCUUCACCUGUGCUGAAUGCCAUUUCUAUUGUAGACACGCCUGGCAUUUUGUCUGGAGAGAAGCAGCGCAUCGAUCGUGGCUAUGAUUUCACCGGAGUCCUGGAAUGGUUUGCCGAACGUGUUGAUCGUAUCAUUCUGCUCUUCGAUGCCCACAAACUGGAUAUAUCAGACGAGUUUCGGCGCUCUAUUGAGGCUCUUAAGGGGCACGAUGAUAAGAUUCGCAUCAUCUUGAACAAAGCUGACAUGAUUGACCACCAGCAAUUGAUGCGCGUCUACGGGGCGCUUAUGUGGUCCCUGGGCAAGGUGCUACAAACACCCGAGGUGGCUCGCGUUUACAUUGGUUCGUUCUGGGACCAACCGUUGCGAUUUGAUGCCAAUCGGCGGCUUUUUGAGGAUGAAGAGCAGGAUCUGUUCCGCGACCUGCAGUCACUGCCCCGCAAUGCAGCCCUGCGCAAGCUAAACGAUUUGAUCAAGCGGGCGCGCCUGGCCAAGGUGCAUGCCUUCAUCAUUGCUGAACUGCGCAAGGAUAUGCCUUCAGUAUUCGGAAAAGAUAGCAAGAAAAAGGAUCUGAUCAAGAAUCUUGGCCAGAUUUACGAUCGUAUUCAGCGAGAGCACUCCAUUUCGCCAGGAGACUUUCCGGACAUUAAGAAAAUGCAGGAUGUCCUGCAGCAUCAGGACUUCACCAAGUUCCAUUCACUCAAACCUCAUUUACUGGACAUUGUGGACAAUAUGCUAGCAAAAGACAUAGCCCGACUAAUGGAAAUGAUUCCUCAGGAGGAAAUGACUCUUGUCUCAGAGCCAGUUGUGAAGGGAGGCGCCUUCGAGGGGGUCAUCGACGACCAUGUCUCACCAUUCGGUUACAUGAAGGGCGAGGGAAUUGAUGCCGGCUACGGCGAGCACGAAUGGAUCUGCAACAAGGACAAGACGCGCACCGAUGCCAUUUUCAAUGGACUGGGUCCUGUGGAUGGUCGAAUAUCCGGUGCCACUGCCAAACAAGAGCUCAUCAAAUCGAAACUGCCCAAUUCGGUGCUUAGCAAGAUCUGGAAACUAUCAGACGUUGAUGGAGAUGGUUUCCUUGACUCAGACGAAUUCGCCCUGGCCUUGCACUUAAUCAAUGUUAAACUCGAUGGCUGUGAGCUGCCCACUGUGCUUCCAGAGCACUUGGUGCCACCGUCGAAGCGCUAUGAAUAAGCACGGAUCACUCAAAAACGCAGCCUGCCGCCACCAAAAAAAAAAAAGAAAAAUAUAUAUAUAUAUAUAUAUAUAUAUAUUCAUAUAUAUAUAUAUGAAGCAUUAACUCCCACAUGCUGCACUCUCGUUCGUUUGAUCGUUUCUUUUAUAUGUACUAUACUCGUAUAUAAAAUGCGCUGAUCUGGGUAUGAAGCACACAAAACACAUACACACACACACACUAAACACACCAAUGCAAGCAUUGUAACUUUAAAAUAUCAAAGCAUAAAUUCUUAGAAUUUAAACGCAAAGCAAAAAAGAAAAA